AUGGAGACCCAUCCGCAUCCUCUGUGUGUCAGGCCACGACGAGUGGAGAACUAUCUGUUGUGUGAACACAUCUUUGACACCCUAGCUUCUGCGUCGGGCGGACUGCUUCACGGUCACACAUUCCAGGCCAAUCCAACUGCCUGCACCGCUGCGAUUGCAGUCCAGGAGAUUGUCAAGAAGGAAAAGCUGCCAGAAAAUGAGCUCGAGCUCGGGCUGCUAGAACUUGUUGGCGAUAUCCGAGGCCGCAGCCUCUUCUGGUCGGUCGAGUUCAUGCGAGACAAGCACGACAAGAUUCCCUUCGAAGGUGAUUCCGGCUUCUACAACGAGGCUGUCGUGCGCGGGCUGGAGCUCGGGCUAAACAUUCUUUGGGCUCUGGCAAGACACGUGAGGUGCACGCGGAGCAUCUCAUGGCUGACCGAGGCGGAGCUGCGACGGAGGCUUGGGCUGCUGAAACAGGCCGUGGAUGUGAGCAAGGAUUUCGGGUACGGUGGAGCCAAUAGCAACAUCUAGACCAAUGUAUUGUCCGAAUGGUGCUAUCCACGGCAUGGUGCAUAUAUAUUAUCCGGUUCAUUCCGUACAUCGGUGAAAUGGCAUCGUGCUCGCUCUGGAGGAGAAGGGUCAUGGCACUCGACCUGAUCCAGCGGUCUUGAACAUACUCGAACAUUCUCGGCUUUCCCUUGAGACAUGCAUGAGCCAAGACAUGCAGCUAACUGACGUGCUAAACCGUCACCACUUGUCUCAUGACGAUCGUUAGGCUCUCGGGCCCAUGCCGCCGGUAGCGCCGCCCCGCAAUCGUCGUGAUGCAAUUAGUUGGGUUCGGUUUUUUCUUCGGUUUACGAGAUGCUGCAUUAAUCAGAAACGCGGGCUGAUACUCAGUUUAUUGUACCCUGAAUUACUUAAC